CGCCGUCGGCGCACCGCCAGUCCCUUCGCGACGCUCGCGCCGACAUGUCUCCCCUGUGGAUCGUGCUCACACUGCUCCCCAUUCUCGGGGGCGCGGAAAGGUUCAACUGUCGGGGCCGCAUCCUGGGCGCCUACUACGCCGACGCCAAGACCAACUGCAAAGCGUUCCACGUUUGCGUGCGCGUAGCGGGCGGCGGCAUACGGGACUUCAGGUUCUUCUGCCCGCCCGGCACGCUGUUCCACCAGGAGGCGCAGACCUGCACGGACUGGGGCGACGACGACCAGCUUGCCUGCCCCGUUGACCUCUACGACGGUCAGUUUGAUCUCUACAAGAUCGGAUCCGGAUUUGACACUAAGAAAUUGUCGUCGCCUGGUGCCCGCGAGGAAGAAGCGGAAUUUGGUUUACAGCGCGCCGAGACCGGCGACCGCCGUCUCGCCCAGAACAACGGUAACGCCCCCGCGUCAGACCUCCGCGCCGCCCACUCCUCCGACUUCUUCAGCGGACAACGCGACCGCGGCCGCGACGACUCCGCUCCGCCCGCGCCCCAGCCCGCCCCCUCGUCCCCCGCGCCCUCCGCAUCCCAACGUGUCUCUUUCAGAAGACCCACCAGCCCCAGGACUACCCCUACUACACAAUACACAAAUCCGCCGCCCCCACCGCCACCGAAACCAUUCAGCAAUAACCAAUACGACCCAAAACGGAAACUCGUGCGCAAACGCCCCCUUCAUGCAUCAACUCUAGCUCCCUCGACAUUUGUACCUAGCACUCCUCAACCUCAAUUCCCAGAAUACCAACAACCUGCGAACUUCGAACGUCGGGUCCCGCAGCAGAGCAGACCGAACCCUACUACGGCACCGGCUAGCGUCCCUCCUCAGUAUAAAGAUGAGUACGUCGAAGUCAGCCGCGUGACCCCUAAACAAAACCGAUACUUCUCUAACAAUCCCUCUCCUGCUCCUUUCUCCCAACCCACUACCCUGAAUCCCUAUUUCAGGAAGAAGGAAGGACUUGUUGAGUUGUACAAUUAUAACGCACAAUCCACUCCGGGAAUCAACGUUCAAACUGACAACAAACCAUUCAAAGUGAGAAACAGCUUCAGUGUGGCGACAGAUGUUCCUCAAGAGCAAGACUUUGUGCGUACUAACGUAAAUAAAAAUAACAAUGGUCGAGGCACUCCCACCACGAUAGAUUACACCACUGCUGCUAACCGCGGCUUUAGCACAACUCCUGCUUACAGAAACUUCAAUAGCGUUUCCUACGAGCCGGAAAAGAACAACUUUGUCCAACAGUCAAAUGCCAAGAAUUUCUUCAACAGCCCGUCGACUCCGGCAACAACGACUACGCUGUAUACUACUACUCGCGCAGACCCAUCGUAUAAUCUGAAUACGGUAGCCUAUAAUACGAACGUUGGCUUUAACGCGCAGUCAUCCAACUUCGCUGAGAGCGACGAAGACGACGGCCAAUACCGCCCCCCGGCCGGCGAAGACGAUGGUCAAUACAGACCCGAACUGUACGAACGUGAGCGCGAACGUGACCGUGAACUCCUAUCUGGAGCUCACUCGCUCAACAUCGCUGCAAGCGGAAAUAGAUUGCCCGAAGAUCAACAAAAACAAAAAGGAAAAACGCAGAAACCAUCCAAGCCAGUAUCCCAAACGGCAGCGCCGAGACCUUUCAGACCCGCUACCACGCCCUCGACUACCGUCGCGCCGCCGUCGACCUUCGAACCCACAUACACAACUACGUACAAGCCACAGACAAGCACUCAGCGCGUGUUUGAUUACUACCAAACUUACACAACUACCGUGAGGCCCAGUGAGCCACCAGCACCCAUCCACGUACCGACUACGGAAAACUUGGAGAACGUGCGCGUGAGGUCGUCGACGACGGCGCCGCGCACCCCUGAGCCGCGGCCGACGACGCGCGCGCCCGCGCCGCCGACGCUCGCCACACGGCCCCCGCCGCGGCCUGCGCCGCAGCCCACGCCGCAGCCGGCACCCAAAGCGCCACACUUCGCCAAUCCCGCCAAACCCAAGGAGGAUACGAGCUACGACUACGCGUAUUACGACUCGGACCCUGGGUUUUCAGAGUACGAUCACAUAGAAGAAUUCGGUAAAACAAAAACAAAAGCGUAAUACUGUCGUAUUAAAAAUUUAACUACUGCCAUUAAAUUAUAUAGUCGCCUCUUUAGAUGAUAAUACAAACGUAUGUUAUGAGUUCAUCAUUGGUGUGACAGCUACCUUCAGCCUUAAGCCAGAUGUAGUCAAGAAUUAACUUUUCCUUAAAAAUAUUCUGUAGGUAAGUCAGGUUAUAAUACAACUGACCACGCGAAUGUUUGCCCCGUGGCGAGUAAUCCAUCUUCUUUUAUUAGUUAUUGUGUGAGAUAAUUGGAUUACAGCACGUUACGCAACCAGUGACAAGAUAUUUAUCGCGGAUAAAAAGUACAACAUAGCAAUGUAAGUACAUACUAAUUGAUCCUUUUAAAAAUAUAGUUACGUUACACCAAGAUAAUGUCCAAUGGCUGCUACUCAUAAAACUUUAAUUAUUGCACCCUAGUAAUUUUUAAAAGUACGUAAAAGAAAUCGAAAGAGCAGAGCAAAAUAUUUAGACUGAAUAAACCGUGCCAGUUGUAUCGAUAUUGCGUAUAUCUGAAGAGGCUUUAUAGUUACCCGCCCUAAAUUAUUUGUGAUAUUAUGGAUGUUCGAAGUUACUCUUGUCAGUUGGGUAAGUCGCUGUGUACUCACAGGCCUACUUGUAAGAAUUAGUAUCGGAGCAUGCUAGACAGCGAGUCAACCCGCUGUACUCCAAUCAACGAGGAGAAUUAUUAUAAUUAUUCUAUAGAAACCCGACAAACAUUUUCUCGUCGCUAAUACUUUUGUUUUCAGUGAUUAAAAUGUUACACGGAUAUAAGACAAAUAGAUACUCGUAAAUGAAAAAUAUUUGCUUUUAUUGUAAAAAUUUAAGACUUCAAUGGACGGGACAGUUUUUGUCGGGAAACUUCUUCAUUGAUUGUUAACCGAUGUAAAAUGCUUGUCAACAUUGGUAUUUAUAACGCUAUUCGCGAAUAAGAGAAUAUAUGUCCUAUGUUUGUACAAUAGAGAGUAAGUUAUAACGAUAGAUGUAAAAUAAUUCAAUGUAAAUAAAGUUUUCUUAAAUACAA